AUGGGCGGCUGGCUGCUGGUUUUUGCGCUGCACAGUUGGAUUCUGGCGGUUUUGGAGGCCAAACCCCUGCUGCUGUUUGCGAAUCGACGAGAUAUCCGGCUGGUGGAUGCGGAGGGAGUGCGCGGGGAGUCGGCCAUCGUUGUCAGUGACUUGGAGGAUGCAGCCGCUGUGGACUUUCUGUACGACCAAGGCCUCAUAUUCUGGACCGAUGUCAGCGAAGAGGCCAUCAAACAGACCCACUGGAACCAGUCGUCCAACUCUCUAAAAGAAGCUUUAGGAACAGGCCAGAGUGUGGUGGUGGCCGGGUUGGACAGCCCUGAUGGACUGGCCUGUGAUUGGCUGGGACGAAAGCUUUACUGGACCGAUUCAGAGACCAAUCGCAUUGAAGUUGCCAAUCUGAAUGGCACCUCCAGGAAAGUGCUGUUCUGGAUGGACCUGGACCAGCCCAGAGCCAUCGCACUCAACCCAUCGGAAGGGUACAUGUACUGGACAGACUGGGGAGAGGAGCCCAGGAUCGAGCGUGCUGGCAUGGACGGCACUAAAAGAAAAGUGAUUGUAGCCGCAGACAUAUAUUGGCCCAACGGUCUGACCAUUGAUCUGAUUGAGCACAAGUUGUACUGGGCAGACGCCAAACUCAGCUUCAUACACAGGGCUAACCUGGAUGGCACUGCACGUGAAACGGUUGUGGAGGGCACCCUGACCCACCCUUUUGCCCUCACGCUCUCUGAGGGCACUCUGUACUGGACGGACUGGCAGACUCGCUCUAUUCACGCCUGCAACAAGCACAGUGGAGACAAAACCAGGGAGAUCCUCAGUGGGAUCUACUCUCCUAUGGACAUUCAAGUGCUGGAGGCGUACAGACAGCCCCACAUCCAGACCCCCUGCAGUGACAAUAAUGGAGGCUGUAGUCAUCUCUGCCUGCUCUCCCCAAUGCCUCCUUUCUACAGUUGUGCCUGUCCAACCGGGGUCCAGCUCAAUCCAGAUACAAAGACAUGCAAACCAGGUGCUGAGCAAGUUUUGUUUUUGGCUCGGCGGACGGACCUCAGGAGAAUCUCUCUGGACCUCCCGGAUUUCACAGACAUUGUACUUCAGCUGGACGACAUACGGCACGCUAUAGCCAUAGACUACGACCCGGUGGAGGGCUAUGUGUAUUGGACGGACGACGAAGUUCGAGCCAUCAGAAGGUCUCGCAUGGACGGGAGCAACGCCACCACGCUGGUUACCACGGAGAUCAAACAUCCGGACGGUAUCGCUGUGGACUGGAUCGCCCGAAACCUGUACUGGACAGAUACCGGCACUGACCGCAUAGAGGUAACAAGAUUGAAUGGAACAUCUCGUAAAAUCCUAAUUUCUGACAAUUUAUACGAACCAAGAGCCAUUGUUCUGGAUCCAAUAAACGGCCUAAUGUUUUGGACAGACUGGGGGGAGAACCCGAAGAUAGAGCGAGCCAAUCUGGAUGGAACCGAACGGCUGCUCCUGGUCAACACGUCUCUGGGAUGGCCAAACGGACUGGCUUUAGAUUACGCCACCGAGAAACUGUACUGGGGAGACGCCAAAACCGACAAGAUUGAGGUGAUAAACGUGGACGGCAGUAACAGGCAGGUUUUGCUGGAGGACAAGCUGCCGCACAUCUUCGGCUUCACGCUUCUCGGUGACUUCAUCUACUGGACCGACUGGCAGCGACGCAGCAUCGAGCGAGUCCACAAGACCACCGCCGUGAGAGAGAUCAUCAUCGACCAACUCCCCGACCUGAUGGGGCUCAAAGCAAGCAAAGUCACGGAGACCACUGGUACAAACGGUUGUGCGGUGGAUAACGGCGGGUGCAGCCACCUCUGCUUCUGGAGGAAUCGGGCGGUCAGCUGCGCCUGCCCCAUGGGGAUGGAGCUGCUCUCGGACAUGCACUCCUGCGUGGUCCCUGAGGCCUUUCUCUUCUUCACCAAUCGGGAUAACAUCAGGAGCAUCUCAUUGGGCACGAACAGCAACGAUGUGGCCAUUCCUCUGACCGGAGUCAAAGAGGUGUCUGCGCUUGACUUUGACGUUGCUGAAAAGAGGUUAUACUGGACAGACAUCCAGGCCAAGACAAUCAGCAGAGCCUACAUGAACGGCAGCACUAUUGAACACGUUAUUGAGUUCGGACUUGAUUAUCCAGAGGGAAUGGCCGUGGACUGGAUGGGGCGUAAUAUUUAUUGGGCCGAUACCGGAACAAAUCGUAUUGAAGUGGCUCGACUCGAUGGACUUUAUCGGCAGGUUCUAAUCUGCAAAGACAUCGACACCCCACGCUAUCUGGAUAACCCACGUUCACUGGCUUUGGACCCAGCCCAAGGUUACAUGUACUGGACCGAGUGGGGUGGCAAGCCUCGGAUCGCCAAAGCCUACAUGGACGGCAGCACCAUUGUGACUCUGGUGGAUAAAGUGGGCCGUGCCAAUGGCCUCACUAUUGACUAUGUGGACCACAGACUGUACUGGACCGACCUGGACACAUGCAUGAUAGAAAGCACCAACAUGCAAGGACUACAGAGAGAGAUCAUCAUCGACGACCUCCCUCAUCCUUUUGGCUUAACUCAGUACAGAGACUUUAUUUAUUGGACAGACUUUAACUUACGGAGCAUCGAGAGGGCGGAUAAGCGCAGUGGACAGAACCGCACUGUAGUGCUACAGGGCCAGCUGGAGCUCAUGUUGGACAUCUUGGUAUUCCACUCGUCUCGUCAGGACGGGACAAACCAAUGCUCUCACAACAAUGGUAACUGUGCCCACUUGUGCCUGGCCACUCCGGCUGGAGCACAGUGCCGCUGCGCCUCCCACUACACACUGAACCCAGACGGCCACAACUGCAGCUCGCCCUCUAGCUUCCUGCUCUUCACUCAGAAGGCCAGUAUCAGCCGCAUGGUUCUGGGAGAGCAGAGUCCAGACAUUGUCCUACCCAUCCACGUACUGAGGAAUGUCCGAGCAGUGAACUACGAGCCGUAUGAGCGCCUCAUCUACUGGCUGGACGGGCGACAGAACAUCAGGAGGGCCAAGGAUGACGGCACCAUGGCGAAUAUUAUUGGCGGCAGCAGUUCUUUGUCGGUGGAGAACCAGCUUCACGACUUGAGCCUGGAUCCAUUCAGUCGCCACAUCUACUGGACCUGCGAAACCACCAACACCAUCAACAUCCAGAGAAUGGAUGGACACUACGUGGGAGUGGUCCUCAAAGACGAGACUGACAAGCCCAGAGCGAUUGUGGUCAAUGCUGAGAAAGGAUACAUGUAUUUCACCACAGUCCAGGAGCGCUCGGCCAAAAUAGAGGGGGCGAGCUUGGACGGGACAGAGAGGGAGUCCCUGUUCACCACUGGACUCAUCAGACCUGUUUCUCUGGCGCUGGAUCACAAACUCGGGAAGCUGUUUUGGGCCGAUGCUGACCUCAAACGCAUCGAGAGCAGCGACUUAACAGGUGCGAAUCGUAUCGUUCUGCAGGACUCGAACAUCCUUCAGCCCAUGGACCUCACGAUCCUGGGGGACCACCUGUUCUGGAUCGACCGGCAGCAGCAGAUGAUCGAGAGAGUGGACAAACUGACCGGAGACAGCCGCACUCGGAUACAGGGAAGAAUAUCCUACCUGACCUCCAUCUACGCCGUGGAGGACAUGAACCCCCCAGACUUUGCAUCCCACCCGUGUUUCCACGUCAACGGAGGCUGUUCUCACAUCUGCAUUGCCAAAGGAGACGGGACGCCUCGCUGCUCCUGUCCCAUGCACCUGGUGUUACUCCAAGACCUGCUCAGCUGCGGAGACCCGCCCACCUGCUCGACAGAACAGUUCACUUGUUCCACCGGGGAGAUCGACUGCAUCCCUAUGGCGUGGCGCUGCGAUGGCUUUCCUGAGUGUGACGAUAAGAGCGAUGAGGAAAACUGCCCGGUGUGCUCGGCUUUCCAGUUCCAGUGCGAUAAGGGAGGAUGCAUCGACGCUCAGAGGCGCUGUAACGGAGAGACGGACUGCGCCGACCACUCCGACGAGCAGGACUGCGAACUUAUCUGUGCUCCAAACCAGUUCCGCUGUGGUGACAACCAGUGCAUCACAAAGAAACAGCAGUGUGACAGCUACUCCGACUGCGCUGACGGCUCUGAUGAACUUGAAUGUGACUUCAUCUCACCCUCCUCCAGUGGCAUCCAGACCACCGGCUCCAGCACCAUCGGCCUGGUCAUCGCCAUCAUCCUGCUGGUGUUUGUGAUCAGCGGGACGUACUUCGUGUGCCAGCGCGUGGUGUGUCGGCGCUACAAAGGACCCAGCAGCAGCUUCCCUCACGAGUACAUCAGCGGGACGCCCCAUGUGCCACUCAACUUCAUCGCUCCCACCAACGCCCAACAUGGUAAUUUUCAAGGUAUCGCUUGUGGCAAGUCUAUGAUGAGCUCCAUGAGUCUGAUGGGCAGCAGCAGCAGCGGGGCCCCUCUUUACGACAGGAACCAUGUGACCGGGGCCUCCUCCUCCAGCUCCUCCUCCACCAAAGGAGCCUUCUACCCUCAGAUCUUAAACCCUCCUCCGUCACCUGCCACAGACCGCUCGCUCUACAACACAGAGGUCUUCUACUCCUCCAACAGCCCGUCCACAACCAGGUCAUACAGACCGUACCCAGUGCGUGGAGCUGCCCCGCCCACCACCCCCUGCAGCACAGACGUCUGCGACAGCGACUACACCCCUCACCCCGCCGUGGGCCUGGGCUCCUCCGCCGGGCGCUGGAAGGUCACGGGCUACGGUCACCACGGGAAACACAACAAGUACUACAUGGACCUGAACUCAGACUCUGACCCCUACCCCCCUCCUCCCACGCCGCGCUCCCAGUACCUCUCAGCGGAGGACAGCUGCCCACCGUCACCGUCCACCGAGCGGUCCUACUUUCACUUGUGUCCGCCGCCGCCGUCGCCCUGCACAGACUCCUCAUGA